CCGGCUUAGAGGCUGCGGAGGACUUGGAGGCGAAGACUAUGCUCUUCCUGGGGACUCUGGAGGAAGAGGAGGGCCAGGAAGGAGAGGGAAGGAGGGAGAUGGCAGAAGCUCUGCUGUCUGCCCUGACAGACAGACACCAGCAGAGACAGACAUGGAGAGACAGGUGCCACUCCAGUCUGGCCCAGACGUUACCCCCCGAGGAGGCCCCGGUGGACCGGCCCUUCUGGGGUGUGGAUGACCCCAGCAUGCCGCUGCCCUUUGAUCUGGCUGACAUCAUCAACAGAGUGGAGUCGCUGCUCUGGAGGAUGUGAGGGAUGAAUAGAUGUGAGAAAGUAAAGGAAAACGAG